AUGGCAAGUGAGCAAAAAACAGGCAAUGAAGGUCAGCGGGAACAGGGAAGCGAGAAUUCGACUGUCGGCGGAAUACGAGAAAGUAUACUUACACAAUAUCGUAAAACGAGAGAGAAUAUAGAAGCGUACCCUUAUGUGUGGGCUUCUUAUGCUAUAGUGUAUGGCGGAAUUGGUUUAUGGGUGUCAUAUAGAUACACGAAGCUUCGAAGAAAAGAAGAUACCGUUAUGGCGCUUCAAGAAAAACUGCGUAAGCUUCGUCAAGAAAGAGCACCCAAAAGCUCUCUUUCGGCGAAUGAUAAACCAACCUCAUCGUCUACUGAUAAAUCUAGCAAAUAG